GAUGACGGGUCUCAUUCGGCAACACGUGGCGAAUUAGCGAGUGAGUGUAAGUAAUUUCGCGCAGUGUCAUACGAGUUCACCAAUUCGUCAUAUUUGUAUUAAUUUCUUAGGUUUGGGGAAAAAAAAAAACAAGCAGUCAGCUUUUACGAUCGUUGCACCUUUUUCUUGUCCGGACGCAGGAAGUUUGUUGGUUGCUAGGACGACACGUAAUUGUACUCCACUGCGUCGGUGGACAAAAACUUGCAAACUUAAAAUACUCUAGGGGUAAAUAAUAAGAAUAAACUUGCAAUUAUGGCCCACGACGAUACACGCGUGGAAUGGAUACGACAGCGAGUUCGUGCUUGUUUUCAUUUAGCUGACAAUUCUUGUUUCGACGAGCUGCUAAAUCGGAGAGAUGGAGAAGAGGAGAUGGAACUUAUUCGCUAUUUGAAUGCCGUGUCGGAAGAGAACACGGCGUCAUGCCUUCUUUUUAUGAAAACUGUCAGAGAGGAGGAGAUUGGAGUCGAAAUUCCCAAAGCGUGUGGUGCAUUUACAUCAGAAUCGUCAUCCAGUGACUUUCUGGAACACGAGGAGGAUACAGAGACUCAAAGUAGAAACAAAACUGCUCAAAAACCUUUCAGUCAUACGAUUCAGGUGGUUUAUCACAGCGAACUUCACAUGGCAAUCAACCGAGUCCCGAAGACAUUUGCCAAAUCUCGAGUUUUAUAUUUCCUCAGGACCACAAAUAAGACCAUUGUAGAACCACUUGAUAUGACUGAGGCCAAUAAAGUGAUGCCCAAGUUUUUGGAGACCGGUUUCCAUAAUGGACACAACUUGCGAACGCUGCAGAAAAAACUUGUACACAUCUACAUUCCAUUAAUGACUGUGCAUCAGAUGAAAAAAAACGAGGAUUUUCCUUGUGAAGAAUUCAGUGGUGGUAAGGAAACUCCAACUAAGCCAAGUGACCGAGCACCCGUUCGGAAUGAGUUCCUCAACAGCACGCACAAGUUUCUGGCCUUGGUCAACUCAACUAUUCAACAGCUUCAAGCUCAAGAUGACAUCAUUCUGAAAAUCCCAGAUCUUGAUCUGGAGCCGGAGGUCAGUGUCCUGCUGACCAAUUCGGCAACGCUAAGGAGGUUGGAGCAGUGUGUGAUAAACUGGCAGACUCAACUUAUUGUUGCGAUCGAGGAGGAAGAAAAGAAGAAGCCGCAGACUCCGAGUCCGAUGGCAGAAAUUAUUUUUUGGCAGGAACGCGUCUCCAUCCUGAGUGCUCUUAAGGUGAAGCUUAAUCAGCCUGCGGUGAAAAAGAUUCUGCUGGUGCUGACCAAAGCGCACGCUGGUGUGAUUCCUACUAUGGAGGCUACAAAAGCGAAACUUUUUAAAUAUUACGUUGAGGCAGAUGAAAAUGUACGUUUCCUCCAAACACUGGAAAGGCAUUUCAAGAAUCUUGCUACAGGAGCAAACCUGAGUGUGCUUCUGGAGACCAUCCCAUCUCUAAUGAACAGCCUACAAAUCGUGUGGUUAAUAUCCUGUUAUUACAACAGGAACGAUCGCAUGGUCCCUUUGAUGGAACGCAUCGUUUGGCAACUGUCCGAACGUGUGGCCCAAGUCAUUGAUAUCCGUGUGCUUUUCAAAGAUGAAAGAGAGGUGGCAAAAACUAAGGUGGACGAUGCCAAGAGAGUUCUGGAAUCGUGGAAGUCAUCCUACUUUGAAGUGCGUGCUGAAAUUGAGCAAGGAGGCACAGGAAGACGGUGGGAGUUUGAUAAGAGGAAGCUUUUUGAGAAAACUGAUUAUAUGGCUUCCAUCUGCCGGGACUUGUACACUGUUUUGCACAACUUGGAUGAGUUUUACGCCAUCUUCAGCCCAGAGUUGAAAAGGUUGACCUCUGAGCCAAAACGUUUCGACGAGAUGCUGGGCAAUGUCGACAACCUAAUCUUGCCCUUUGAGGGAGUAACUUUUGAUCCUUUCAAUAUCUACAAGAUGAGCAGUUGGAAAAUCAUCAUGCAGCACUUCAACAGUAAUGUUUAUGCCAUUGAGAGGGAGGUCAUCGCCUUCAUUGAUCAGUCCUUCAAGGCCAUGCGCUCUUCAACUGCGGCCUUCGGAAUGCUUGUAAAAUUCCAAGACAUUCGCUCCAGACCGGCCAUCAACAAUCAUUUGAUGAAAAAGACUAACGACGUUUUGGCUCAGUAUUGCAAAGAGGUGGACAGCAUCAAUGAAAUAUUUGAGGAAAAGAAAAACAAACCAAAAAUAAAUAAGAAUGAGCCCCCCGUGGCAGGCAGCAUCCGGUGGACGCAUACCCUUUUUCAGCAUGCAAAAGAAGGAAUGCUUCCUCUCCUGACAAUGCCAGACUUAUUGGAGAGCGAAAUGGGAAAGUUGGCCAAAAAGAAAUACAUGGAAAUGGCGAAAAAGAUGAGCGACUAUACCGUUAAGAUGUACAAAACGUGGGUAUCUGACACUGAACGCAACUUGCCCUUGUUAUUGAAGACACCCAUCAUUGUGAGCAAAAGUGAAGUCCGGCGAGAGUUGGUCAUUCCAGUCAAGCCUGAGGUCAACUCACAAUUGGACAGGCGAUACCGUGUCAACUUUCCAUCUGAGAUCAUGACAAUAAUUUCCGAGACCAAAAACUUGAUUUUAAUGUCAUUCUCUAUCCCCGAGAUUGUUCAAAACGUGACUCUACAGGAGCUCAAAUUCAAAAGGUACACUGACGAUCUACACAAGCUUGUCCGCCACUACAACUCUGUGGUUGAUAGUCUGAGUGAUGCGAAGAUCAGCAUGUUGUCUGAAAAUCUCAAAAGUGUUGAAACACUGUUGUCGACGGGAUGCAAAAGAUUGAACUGGAACUCCUUGGGAAUCGCAGAUUUCAUCAACGAGGCCAAUGAAGAGCUGUCGAAGUUUGACUCGGUUGUCAGGCAAAUAGAGCACAUCGAGAUCGACAUCGAAGCCAAGUUGCGAUCGAUAACGACGGCCGACCUCCUGAAAUGCCCCGUGCCUGAAAAUGCGGACCUUUUACCGAGUGUGAAGGAGUUUUGCAAAUGUAUUGAUAGAGAGCAGGUCAAAACAGUUCAUUUAUUGAGACGCAAAUACAACGACAUUGGACCUGUAAUUACUAAGGUAGAACAUUUGAUUAUGGAAACAAACACUGGCAAGUCCAAAUGUAUGUCAAGUUACUACGCACACUGGGAACGGAAGGUGCACAAUUCCCUCAUAAACAUGGUGCUGAGGAACAUCACGGGUUUUAACGCUGCACUGAUGGGGAGCGGCCCCCUUUUCCGUAUUGACGCUAUGCUCUCCGCCCCCAAGAUUUUGUUGCAGCCCAAAAUAAACGAGAUUUACCAGUUGCUUGUGCAGUGUAUCAGAGAUUGCGUCGAGAGCACCAAAGAAUUUGUGCGUUGGAUGAAUGGAACCUGCAUUGAGUGCCCAGCACAACACGUGGACGGUGAUGACUUGGUGACUUUCAGCUUCUUUGAGGAAGUGUGUCUUCACCCUCAGAUCAAUGAAAGUGCCCUUGCAGUGUCCCAGAACAUUCAGAAGUUGCUGCUUUCUGUAGACCAGGACCUUCACCACUGGAAACAGUACCACACUCUAUGGGAAAGAGAAAUAGCCACAGUCAGCGAAAAGUUCGCCGCGAAAAACCCAUCAUGUGCUAUGUAUGAUCAGAAGCUGCAGUUCUAUGCACAUAUUCAUCAAAAGUUGCGUUUGGAGCCGUUGUUUAAGAAUGUACACUUUAUCCAAUUGAACUUGGAGCCGCUGUGCCGGACUGUGCGGGAGAUGGCAAAGUCCUGGAUCGAUUCACUCGGGGGUUUGCUCAACAAAUCAGCCAAAGAGGAACUCGUCAACUUAAAAGAUGAACUCACGCAACUUUCCGAGAAGCUUAAACAGACUCCUGACACUUUUGAGAACUUAAAGAACGUCCUUGAGACCAUCUCAAACAUCCGAGACAUGUCUCUUGAUGUGGAGUUGAGCAUCGCAGAUAUCCAGGAAAAAUACAGAACAUUGGCUAUGUACGAAGUGGAGGUUGAAAAAGCCGAGCCGGAACUGAUCGACUAUGUCAAACAGAUCUGGAGGUACCUCUUUGCAGAAUCCAGGCGGGUGGAUUUCAGACUGACAGACACAAAGAUAUCAUUUAAAGAGACGACCAAGAGAAUGGCAGAAGAGUUUCAAGAGGAGUUGUCCAUCUUUGUCGAAAGCUGUAACAUGCAUGGUCCUGGAGCUGUUGGAAACGAUUUAGAUAAAGGGUUAUCAAGAAUGCAGUCGUACGAAGCAGAGUUUGCCAAGAUCGUGGCGAGGCGGCAGGAGUUGGCUAAUGCUGAGAAACUGUUGGACCUGCCCGUCCUUGCGUAUCCAGAGAUCAUCAACAUGCAAAAAGAAAUGAAUGGAUACAGGCAGAUUUAUGAUAUUUACCAUGCGCUAAAGGUUGCAAAGAUCAAGUGGUCCCAGACCCUGUGGGUGGACUCGGAUAUCGACUUGCUUCAGGUAGGCGUUGAAUGCUUUGUCCAAGAAUUGAGGAGGCUGCCCGAUGAUGUGCAGGCCCUACCUGUGGCCUGCUUUGUUGAGGGCAGAAUGAAGGAAUUCAGGGAUUCUCUUCCUCUUCUGAUGGAUCUGAAGAAUGAAGCCCUCAGAGAACGACACUGGAAAGAAUUGAUGAAAAGGACUGGUACCUGCUUCGAUAUGACCGCAAGCAGCUUCACUCUGGAGAACAUGUUUGCGAUGGAUCUUCACAAAUAUGCCGACGUCAUAGGUGACAUUGUCACGUCAGCUGUAAAAGAGCUCGGUAUUGAAAAGGGUGUGAAGGAGGUGGUGGAGACCUGGGAAAAUAUGAAAUUUGUUAUCCAACCCUAUAAUAAAGGCAACCAGCAACAAUGUUCUGUCUUGGGCGGAGUGGAUGAGAUCGUGCUGAAUGUGGACAACGACGCCAUGAAUUUGCAGAGCAUGGCUGGGAGCCAUUUUGCCGGACCUUUCCUAAGCACCAUACAACAGUGGGAGAAAGAUCUGUCUCUUAUCAGUGAGAUCAUAGAGGUUUGGUUGCUGGUCCAACGGAAAUGGAUGUACUUGGAGAGCAUAUUCAUCGGUGGUGAUAUUUCCUCACAGUUACCAGAGGAAGCUCAAAAAUUUGAUAUCAUUGACAAAAAGUUCAAAGAUAUAAUGAAUGAAGCACAGAGAAACCCGAACAUUAAGCUCUGUUGCCUGGUCCCCAACCGGCUAACAGACCUGCAGACUCUCAGCGAGAACUUAGAAAGGUGCCAGAAAAGUCUCAACGACUACUUAGAUUCCAAGCGGGAUGCAUUCCCCCGCUUCUUCUUCAUCUCCGACGAUGAACUGCUCAGCAUUUUGGGGAGUAGUCACCAUGAUUGUGUGCAGGAACACAUGAUUAAGAUGUAUGACAAUAUCGCAUCGCUGCGGUUUGACACGGAGAGCGGCGGGGAGACCGCGGUAGGGGCCAUGGUGUCCGCCGAGGGGGAAGUGAUGGAGUUCCAAAAGCCCGUCCAAGUCAAAGGAAGAGUGGAGGAAUGGAUGACGGGAGUCUUACACGAGAUGAGGAGGACUAAUCGGCUCAUCACUAAGGAAGCAAUCUUUCGCUACUGUGAGGACAGAGGCAGGGUGGACUGGAUGUUGCUGUUCCUGGGCAUGGUGGUACUGGCUACAAAUCAAGUGUGGUGGACGUGGGAGGUGGAGGAUGUUUUUAACAACUUGAAAUUGGGAGACAAACACGCUCUGAAGAACUACGCCACAAAGAUGCACCAGCAGAUCGAUGAGUUGGUAACGCGUAUAAUGCAACCUAUGAAGAAAAAUGAUAGACGCAAACUCAACACCGUCCUGAUCAUAGAUGUGCACGCGAGAGAUAUCGUCGACAGCUUUGUCUUGAACAGUAUAACAGACGCUGAGGAGUUUGAGUGGGAAAGCCAAUUACGAUUCUACUGGGUCCAGGAUGAAGACAACCUUUUUGUGCGUCAGUGCAGUGCAUCUUUCAGUUACGGCUAUGAGUACAUGGGGUUGAACGGCCGAUUGGUUAUAACGCCCCUGACAGACCGGAUCUACCUCACAAUCACGCAGGCUCUCUCCAUGUUUCUGGGUGGAGCUCCUGCUGGGCCAGCUGGUACUGGUAAGACAGAGUCCACCAAAGAUCUGGCCAAAGCUCUGGGUCUGCUCUGUGUGGUUACAAACUGUGGUGAAGGCAUGGACUACAUGGCCGUUGGGAAGAUUUUGUCUGGCCUGUCACAAUGCGGCGCUUGGGGUUGUUUUGAUGAAUUCAACCGUAUUGACGCCUCGGUCCUUUCAGUGAUCUCUUCACAAAUCCAAACCAUCCGCAAUGCUCUAAUUCUUCACCUUAACAUAUUCAAUUUUGAGGGUCACGAGAUUACCCUGGAUAGCCGAAUUGGGAUCUUCAUUACGAUGAACCCGGGAUAUGCAGGGCGCACGGAGCUGCCUGAAUCCAUCAAAGCACUCUUCAGGCCUGUGGUGGUGAUUGUCCCUGACUUGCAACAAAUCUGUGAGAUCAUGCUCUUUUCCGAGGGAUUCCUCAUGGCCAAGGACCUUGCGAAGAAGAUGACAGUCCUCUACAAAUUGGCUGGAGAGCAGCUCUCCAUGCAGUCUCAUUAUGACUUUGGCCUACGAGCUCUGAAAUCUGUCCUCGUGAUGGCCGGAGAACUGAAGAGAGGCUCACCAAACAUUACUGAGGAUGUGGUAUUGAUGCGAGCCUUGAGGGACAUGAAUCUACCGAAGUUUGUAUUCGAUGAUGUGCCUCUUUUCCUUGGGCUGAUCUCAGACCUGUUUCCCGGGCUGGAAUGCCCUCGCGUCCACUAUGCCGACUUCACUCGCGCUGUAGAAGAGGUCCUACAAGAGAGCAAAUACAUUUUGCUGCCUUUCCAGGUGGACAAAGUGGUGCAGAUAUAUGAAACCAUGAUGACACGGCACACAACUAUGAUCGUGGGCCCAACCGGUGGAGGGAAAUCGGUUGUAAUCAGCACACUUUGUCGAGCGCAAACCAAAUUGGGAAUCCACACCAAAUUGUAUCCCCUGAACCCCAAAGCUGUGAGCGUCGUCGAACUGUACGGCGUUCUGGAUCCUGACACUCGAGACUGGACCGAUGGAGUCUUGUCCAACAUCUUCCGGGACGUCAACAAGCGUACCGACAAACAGGAGAGGAGGUAUAUCUUGUUUGAUGGGGAUGUCGAUGCUUUGUGGGUCGAGAACAUGAAUUCGGUAAUGGACGACAACAAGCUGCUCACUCUGGCAAAUGGAGAACGGAUUCGUUUGCAAGGCCACUGUGCCUUGCUCUUUGAGGUUGGAGAUCUGCAGUACGCUUCCCCUGCUACCGUUUCUCGCUGUGGAAUGGUUUUUGUGGACCCCAAAAACCUGCGGUACAACCCAUUCUGGCAGAAAUGGUUGAAAAACAGACCCGUUGAAGAGCGAGAAUUGCUGGACAAACUCUUUGACAAAUAUGUGCACAGACUGAUUGAGAUGAUUGUGGAAGGGAUUGUUGAUGGGAAACAAGGACAGAAACUCAAGACUGUUGUCCCUCAAACGGAUCUGAAUAUGGUUUCCCAGCUCUGCGUGGCUCUCGACGGCCUACUUGAAACUAAAAACCAAAGUGCUGCAGUCUUGGAAAGUUUCUUCCUGGAAGCCAUCUUCUUGUCGCUUGGUGCCACGGUGCCGGACAACGAAAGGGACAAAUUUGAUGAUUUCGUCAAAAGACUUUCUGGCUUAAUCAUUGUGAGCGAUGAGAAAAGAUUGGCUGGACCUGGUGAGAUCCCAGGGUACCUGCCCACUCUCUUUGAUUUCCAUUUUGAUGGAAAUCAGCAGAAAUGGGUUCCUUGGACUCAUCUGGUCACCAAAUACAUUCAUAAUCAUGAAUUAAAGUUUGCUGAUAUUCUGGUCCCAACCGUAGACACUGUGAAAACCGGCUGGAUCCUGGAACAGAUGGUCAAGAUAAAGAGGCCUGCUCUUUUGGUCGGAGAUCCCGGAACCUCAAAAACCGCCACCGUUCAAAACUUUCUGAAGAACCAAAAUAGAGAAACAAUUAUGACUUUGACCAUCAACCUUUCAUCCAGGACAACAUCCUUGGACCUCCAGAAGAACCUGGAGGCCAAUGUAGAGAAAAGGACCAAAGACGUAUACGGCCCUCCAGUGGGCAAGAGAUUGUUGAUUUAUUUAGACGACAUGAAUAUGCCGAAGGUGGAUAGCUACGGCACGCAGCAGCCAAUUGCACUGCUGAAGCUUUUAUUGGAUCGAGGGGGCAUCUACGACCGAGGGAAGGAGCUCACCUACAAAACCCUCAAGGAUCUCGGCUUCGUUGCCGCCAUGGGGAAGGCAGGAGGCGGGAGGAACGAGGUGGACACCCGCUUCGUCUCGCUCUUCAGUGUCUUCAGCGUCCCUUUCCCCGCCGUGGAGUCUCUCCACCUGAUCUUUUCCUCCAUUAUCAAAGGCCACACCCAACACUUUGAGGAUGCGGUACAAAAGGUUUGUGAUAAAAUCACCGUCUGCACCCUGGAACUGUACAAGAGCCUGACUAAAGAACUGCCACCGACUCCAGCAAAGUUCCACUACGUCUUUAAUCUGCGAGACCUGUCGAGGGUCUUUAGUGGCCUGACCCUCACUCGGCCUCACAGGUUUUCAUCUGUCUCUAUAUUUGUCCGGGUUUGGCGAAAUGAGUGUCUGAGGAUUUUCCACGACAGACUCAUCGAUGAAAAAGACAAAAACCUGGUUCAAGCCCUUAUAAAAAACAUAGUUGAAGAACAUUUCAAAGAAAACAUGGAGGAUGUUAUGAGAGAUCCAGUUCUUUUUGGGGACUACAGAGCAGCCCUGAGCCAGACCCAACCGAGGGUAUAUGACGACUUGCUGGAUUAUGAAACUUGUAAAGCGCUGUUUCAGGAAAUUCUAGAGGAGUACAACAAAAGAAUUUCAAGGAUGAAUCUGGUACUGUUUGAUGACGCCGUGGAACACCUGAGCCGCGUGCACCGCAUUCUUCGCAUCGAUGGUGGUCACGCUCUGCUUGUGGGCGCGGGAGGCUCUGGCAAGCAGUCCAUCACCAGGCUGGCUGCCUUCGCUGCCGACUGUGAGGUGUUUGAGAUUGCACUCAGCAGAGGAUAUUGUGAGUCCAACUUCCGCGAAGACUUGAAAACGUUGUACUUGAGGCUCGGUAUUGAAAAGAAGAAGACCGCCUUCCUCUUCACCGACGCUCAUGUCGCUGAAGAAGGAUUUUUGGAACUCAUCAACAACAUGCUUACAUCAGGAAUUGUUCCUGCAUUGUUUUCCGACGACGAGAAAGAGUCCAUUCUAUACCAGCUUCGUGACGAGGCCGUCAAAGCGGGAUCGGCUCCAUCUAAAGAUGCCGUGUGGUGGUAUUUUGUGAACAAAAGCGCAAGCAAUCUGCACAUUAUUUUGGUGAUGUCUCCUGUCGGGGAUACCCUGAGGAUGCGUUGCAGAAAUUUUCCAGGACUGAUGAACAACACUGUAAUCGACUGGUACAUGGCGUGGCCUCCACAGGCAUUGCGUGCUGUAGCAGAGUUUUUCCUCGGUGAGAGUGAAAUGAUUCCAAGGGUGCAUGCUCAAGGUGUUAUCGAGCACGUCUGCUUGGUCCACAAAUCAGUUGGUGACUACAGUAUGCUGUUCCAACAAAGACUCAGACGUUCUAACUAUGUCACCCCGAAGAACUACUUGGACUUCAUUAACACGUAUUCUAGCCUCCUGCAGGAAAAGGACAAGUAUAUUCUUGCGCAGUGCAAACACCUUGAGGGCGGCUUGGAUAAACUGAAGGCCGCCAGUCUGCAACUGGACGAGCUGAACGUCAAACUGGCCGAGCAGAGGGUGGUCCUCGCUGAAAAGUCUGCGGCCUGCGAGACCAUGAUGGCGGGGAUCGCCUCCAACGCCACCGCGGCUGAAGACAAAAAGACACUGGCGGAAGAAAAAGCCAAAGAGAUUGAAGAGCAAAACAAAGUGAUUGCUGUUGAAAAGGCAGAAGCAGAAACUUCUCUCGCUGAAGCUUUGCCGGCAUUGGAAGCAGCUCGCAUUGCCUUACAAGACCUCGAUAAAUCUGACGUCACUGAGAUCCGAUCCUUUGCAAAGCCACCCAAGCAGGUGCAAGUGGUGUGUGAGUGCAUCCUGGUGCUAUGUAAAAAAAAGGAAAUUAGCUGGCAAGCCGCAAAGGCGAUGAUGUCUGAUCCGGGUUUUCUGCGUUCACUGAUGGAGAUGGACUGCGACGCUAUCGGUCCCAACCAGGUCAAGACUGUCAAAGGCUUCUUGAAAGCCCUUGGGACCUCCCUCGAGGAAAUGCAAGCCAUCAGCAAAGCGGGCUCGGGAAUGUUUAAAUUCGUGGAGGCUGUCGUGGGUUACUGUGAAGUUGCCAGGGAGAUCAAGCCAAAAAGAGACAAAGUGGCACGUCUCGAAAGAAACUUCUUUCAGAGUAAGAAGGAGUUGGAGCUCAUUCAAAGCGAGCUGACUAACAUCCAGCGAGAGCUUAAGACUCUCGGGGACAAAUAUCAAACUGCGAUUGCAGAAAAACAAAAAUUACAAGAGGAGGCUGAGCUCAUGGAGAGAAGAUUAAUAGCUGCUGACAAACUUAUCUCGGGCUUAAGCUCUGAGAAUGUGAGGUGGACACACGAUUUGGAGGAGUUGAAGCAACGGCGUGUGCGUCUCCUCGGAGACUGUCUACUCUCUGCUGCCUUCCUGAGCUACGAGGGAGCCUUCAGCUGGGACUUCAGGAACGAGAUGGUCUACCAAACAUGGGUUGAAGACGUCCAGGAGAGAAGUAUUCCCUUAAGCCAACCUUUUAAAGUGGACAACUUACUAACAGACGAGGUGGAAAUCAGCAGAUGGGGGUCCGAGGGCUUGCCCCCCGACGAACUGUCAGUUCAGAACGGAAUCCUCACAACCAGAGGCAGCCGUUUCCCCAUGUGUAUCGACCCUCAACAGCAAGCUCUCAACUGGAUUAAGAAGAAGGAGGCAAGCAAUAACCUCAAGAUCUCAUCUUUCAAUGAUCCCGACUUCUUGAAACAGCUGGAGAUGGCCAUUAAAUACGGGUUCCCGUUCCUUUUCCAAGACGUAGACGAGUACAUUGACCCUGUGAUCGACAAUGUCCUGGAGAAGAAUUUGAAAGGGGCUGAGGGCAGGCAGGUUGUCAUGCUCGGUGACAAAGAGGUCGACUUUGAUCCCAACUUCAGACUUUACCUCAACACCAAACUAGGAAACCCCAAAUUUUCUCCUUCUGUGUUUGGAAAAGCCAUGGUUAUAAAUUAUACUGUGACCCUUAAGGGUCUGGAGGACCAGUUGCUCAGUGUUAUAAUGGGGUUUGAGAAGAAGGAGCUGGAAGAGCAGCGCGAGUUUUUGAUUCAGGAGACCAGCGACAAUAAGAAGCUGCUGAAGAACCUCGGUGACACCCUGCUCAGGGAGCUGGCCACGUCCACGGGCAACAUGUUGGAUAACACGGAGCUGGUCUACACAUUGGAGGAGACGAAGUCCAAAUCCAGUGAGGUAUUUGAGAAACUGAAGUUGGCUGUGACAACAUCAGUGGACAUUGACGUGCUCCGAAACGGCUACCGACCAGCUGCCAAGCGCGGCGCUAUUUUAUUCUUUGCGCUGACAGAAAUGGCUCUGGUCAACAGCAUGUACCAGUAUUCUCUCGCCUCUUACCUGGAAGUCUUUGACUUUUCCCUGCGCAAAUCUCCACCGAAUGCCGCUCUGCCCAAAAGACUGACUAACAUCAUGAACAGCCUGACGUACAAUGUUUAUAAUUACGGCUGCACAGGUCUGUUUGAGAAACAUAAGCUGCUCUACUCAUUCAACAUGACCAUUAAGAUUGAGCAGGCAGAAGAUCGAGUACCUCAAGAGGAAUUGGAGUUUUUCAUCAAAGGUAAUCUGUCCCUGGAAAAGAGCUCGCGGCAAAAGACUUGUAACUGGCUGCCUGAUUCUGGAUGGGAAGACAUCGUGAAACUGUCCGAGCUGUUUCCCGGGCAAUUUGACUCUUUGCCUGACGAUGUUAGCAGAAAUUCAUUGGAGUGGCAGUCAUGGUAUGACCUCGAUGCACCAGAACAGUCUCCGCUGCCAAUGAGGUAUGACGAGAAGCUAACAGACUUUCAGAAGCUUCUCCUGCUGCGCUGUUUCCGUGUUGACAGAGUCUACAGAGCCAUCACCGAUUACGUCACCAUCACCAUGGGCGAGAGAUAUGUCCAACCUCCCGUGAUCAGUUUUGAUUCUAUUUACGAGCAGAGCACUCAUUUUUCUCCCAUCAUUUUCAUCUUGAGCCCUGGCUCAGACCCUGCUGCUGACCUCAUUAAACUCGCUGAAAGGACUGGCUUUGGGAGCAAGUUCAAGUCCCUUGCAAUGGGGCAAGGCCAGGAAAAGAUUGCUUUGCACCUCCUGGAAGUGGCGGCAGCUCGCGGCCAGUGGUUGAUGCUCCAGAACUGCCAUCUGCUGGUGAAAUGGCUGAAAGACUUGGAGAAGUGCAUCGAGAGGGUCACCAAACCUCACCCCGGCUUUCGCCUUUGGUUGACAACCAACCCAAUCGAUGACUUCCCCAUUGGGAUUCUUCAAAAGUCGCUCAAGGUUGUCACGGAGGCUCCAAAUGGUCUCAAGCUCAACAUGAGAGCCACCUACUCUAAAAUCUCCCAUGAGACGAUGACCGGAUGCCCACACUCCGCCUUCCGCAGCCUGGUCUAUGUGCUCUCUUUCUUCCACGCUGUGGUGCAAGAGAGGCGCAAGUACGGCAAAAUUGGCUGGAACGUCCCUUACGACUUCAGCGAGUCGGACUUCUUGGUUUGUUUGGAGAUCUUGAACACCUACCUGACCAAAGCGCACAACCAACAAGAGAGCAACAUUCCCUGGGGGAGUAUCAAGUACCUUAUAGGCGAGGUGAUGUACGGUGGACGAGUCAUCGAUAGUUUUGACCGCAGGAUCCUGAAUGUCUACAUGGAUGAGUAUUUUGGAGACUUCCUCUUUUAUGACUUUUGCCGUUUCCACUUUUUCAAAAACAAUGACGUUGACUACAAGAUUCCUCUGAAUGGACCCAAAGCUGUUUAUAUUGAUGAGAUCGAGUCUCUGCCGUUGGCAAACACCCCCGAGGUGAUGGGUCUUCACUCCAAUGCAGAGAUUGGAUAUUACACACAAGCAGCCAAAGACAUGUGGUUGCAUCUUAUAGACUUGCAACCACAGACGGGUGAGUCCGGUGGAAGCAUCAGUCGGGAUGAGUACAUCACGCAGGUGGCCCAGGACAUUCAGAACAAGUUACCCGGAUUGUUUGACCUGGACGUUAUCCGCAAGCAGUUCGGCGCCGAGAUCUCCCCGACGUCUGUGGUGCUUCUUCAAGAACUGGAGCGCUUCAACAAGCUCGUGGUCCGCAUGAAGCGGUCCUUGGCUGAGUUGCAGAGGGCCUUGGCUGGCGAGGUGGGCAUGAGCAGUGAGCUGGAUGAAGUCGCCCGAGCCCUUUUUAAUGGUCAGAUCCCUGCUAUUUGGAAGAAAUUGGCACCCGACACACUCAAGUCCCUGGGCAACUGGAUGAUCCAUUUCAAGAGGCGGUUCGAGCAGUAUAAAUCAUGGGUGGAUGCAGACGAGCCAAAGGUCAUGUGGUUGUCAGGACUCCACAUCCCAGAAUCCUACCUGACUGCCUUAGUCCAGGCGGCAUGCAGACAAAAUGGUUGGCCUCUGGAUCUUUCCACGCUUUACACGGAGGUGACCCGCUACCGGGAAGACGAAGAAGUCAUUGAUAGACCGCCACAAGGCUGUUUUGUGUCUGGUCUGUACCUGGAGGGAGCUGACUGGGACGUGGAUGACGGCUGCCUGGUCAAGAGUAAACUGAAAGUUCUGGAGGUCCAGCUGCCCAUUCUCAGAGUCAUCCCCAUUGAGACCCAACGGCUCAGGCUCCAGAAAACACUGCGGACCCCGGUGUACACCACGUCCUUGCGGAGGAAUGCCAUGGGUGUGGGUUUGGUAUUCGAGGCUGAUCUGUUCACCAGGGAGCACCUCUCCCACUGGGUCCUCCAGGGUGUCUGUUUAUCCCUCAAUUGUGACUAGGAACAUUAUUAUUAUUAUUUUAGGAGCUAGUUUCUCCGUAAUCCCUUCUCAUUUCUGUAGCCUGCAAUGCACAUUUACAGUCGAUGACGUGUGAUGGUAAUUUCCGUUUCGUGUUCUGUUCUGUUCUGUUCUGUUCUGUUCUGGUCGCUUAACGUUGAAAGCAAAUGCCCAGACCUUCCACUUCGGGUUUUGGGAGGGAAGACUUUAAACCCUGACUUCAUUUGAUGUGCCUGUAACCGUUUGUUUGUUCCUUUGUGUUAAACUAGAGCCUUAUUUUCUUUUAUUUGCCUACUUGCUUUUCUGAUUUUGUUAGUAUACAAACAUGUGAAAACUCAAACCUAAGGCCCGGGGGCCAGAUCUGGGCCGUUGCAUGAUUUUAUGUGGCCCCCGGAGGCAAAUCAUAUGUAUCAAUUUCUAUGAUUUUUUUUUUUUUGUUCAAAUCUGUCCCAAAAUUUUAAAUUGUCAUAUAAAUGAUAAC